AUGAACAGUCGGAAUGCCAUCCAACAGCAGCAGGCGGAGCAGUCGCAGCAGAAGCCUCAGCAAGAGCAACAAGAACAAGGGGAAGAGCACCAGCAAAAAAUCCAGCAAGAGAAGCGUGAGCGCCGUCGACAGCAGCAGCAGCGGCGCAGACAGCAACUACAAAAGUGCCGUCGCCGUCCUGAGUCGGUACCGGUCCCCUCAGCUCUACUAGGCGCCGCAUUUGAGAGGCAGCACGUCGAUUCUGUUUAUGCGAAGAUUGCACCCCAUUUCAAUCAUACAAGGAACCGGCCGUGGCCCAAGGUUGCAGCCUUCAUCGAGUCGUUACCACCCGACGCGCUGUUGCUGGAUGUUGGCUGUGGCAACGGCAAGUACCUCCACUGCAGACCGAGCAUCUGUCAAAUCGACAGCAGCAGCGGAAGCAAUAGCACCAAUUGUUUCAGCCCGUACAGCUCAUUGUCAAUAGGCCUUGAUAGGUCCAAAGAGCUGCUACGUUGCGCCUCCGAGGCCGCUGAGGGUUCUUUAAGGACUCGACUUGUGCAGGCGGACUGCCUGCAUACCCCGAUCAGAGAUGAAGUUGCAGACGGCGUCAUAUGCAUUGCCGUUCUCCAUCAUUUGACUACGGAGGAAAGGAGGCUACAGGCCUUGAGAGAACUGGCACGCAUUACGCGAUGUGGGGGACGCAUUUUGAUUUAUGUGUGGGCACUCGAGCAUGAGUCAGGCAGUGUUGGGGAGCGUAAAUUUCCAAGUCAAGAUGUAUUGGUGCCAUGGGUGUAUCAGAAGCAUCAUGAGCGCGCUCGCGAGCGUUCGGAGGGUGUGGGUGGCUGCCAAGGCAAAACAGAUGCUGGCAGGCCCGGAGGAGCCGACAAAACAGAUGCUGGCGGGCCCGGAGGAGCCGACAAAACAGAUGCUGGCGGGCCCGUAGGAGCCGAGUCCUCGGCGGUUCCACCUCUAGACGACGAGGAUACAGUAUAUCGGUUCUACAGAGUAUUUACGAGGGAGGAGCUGUUGGGCCUUUGCGCCAAAGAAAAGCGGGUCAGGGUACUCGACUGUUACAAUGAUACGAACAACUGGGCAGUAGUGCUCGAAAAGUGCAGCGACCAGUAG